CAGGUCCUGAGCUCCCCACCUGCCUGGAGCCAUGCGUCCUGCGCGGAGGACUGCUUGGUGAAGCUGUUAAGCUCCAAACCCGAGAGGUCUCCAAUGAGCCUGGAAAUUGUGCACGAGGAGCUGAGUGGCGAGGCGCGGCUCCUGCCGCGCUUCGCGCUGCGGGGCGCUCUGCCAGACGCGCUGUUAGAGCUUUACGACUUCUGGCGUGGCAACGAUCGUUUGGUUGGGCGACUGCAAGCAAGGCGAAGGAACGAAGGGCUGCACGCCACGUGCCUCGUGGUCCACUUGACUGGAGCGGUGCCUGGAACGAAGGCCCACGUGCAACGCUUGACCUUGGAAGCCACCCGGAAGGAUGAAGAGAAACAGCUGGACGAGUUGAUGUUCGCGCGAUCGAGCAACAUGGUGCAGGGCGAAACCUUGGUGGACUUGCUGCGAGCCAAACCCAAGAGCCAGACAUGGCAGGUGGCACAGUGGUUGCUUCAAUUGGAGGACUUGUCGCACAUCUUGGCCUGGUCCUCCGCACAGGUCCUCCGUGGAGAGCUUCAAGAUGCGAAGCCGCCAGCCUUGCAGCUGGUGGAGUUGCCACGCUUGGGCCUCACCUUCCGUGCGCCAGACGAGCGAACCAGCAAGUCGGCGGCUGAGCGCCCGCGCGGGGUUCCCGCCCUGCGCUGCGACCAGUAUGGCGGGUUGAAGGUGCUGGGUGAGCGGAGUGUCCACAACCAGAAGGGCUUGCAGAGGCUGAUCAAGCCCUUCCCACGCUUCGUGCUUUUGGAGGACGAGGUGGGAGAUCUCUUCCUCUUGGCUUCCUUGGCGGAGCGCCCACGGAGGUCGACACAGGGCCUCGAGUGGAUCCGGGGCGAUUCCUCCUGGCUGUCGAAGCUUCGUUUGGAACAGAGGCACCAGCUCUAUCGGAUCUUCGUCAAUGAGAUCCUGGUGGCACCCAAUGUUCUGGCGGAGUUGCAUUUGAUGCUCCUUCGCGUUGCCCAGGGCAUGUUUGGUGACGCUUGCUCUUCUGUUGCAGCCUGCACUGCCUCCACGCUGCCGCAGCCGCCCGAGGAGUCCUUACUCUGGGAAGAGAUGACAUCAAUGCUACAAGGUGACACGUCGAUGGGCGCCACCGUUCUGCGGCUAAAGCUCAUUUUGCAGCUCCACCGCCAGGGGCAGGGAGUGCCAGAUGGAUGGAAUCCCGAGGCGGACUUCCUCGCUUGGGCGAACUACGGCCAGACUAGCUCAGUAACACCGCGACACAGCGGUGUUUGGAUCAGCUGAAGAGUAG